UUCAUUACUACUAUUAUGUGUGACUGUUUCAAUGCAGUAUUUUCAUUGUGAUCACUAUCAUAGUUCAUCAUUUCAUGACUACUAUUAUGUGUGACUGUUUCAAUGCAGUAUUGUCAUUGUGAUCACUAUCAUAGUUCAUCAUUUCAUUACUACUAUUAUGUGACUGUUUCAAUGCAGUAUUGUCAUUGUGGUUGUUGAUAUUGUUUUGUCCUUUGUCCUUAUGUCCUUGUUCGUCUUUAUAGUUGUCACAGACAUUUAUUUGCUGAUGUCGUUCUGUAUGUUUCUGUUGUUCUGUUGUUGUUGCCACAAUUGUUGUUGCUGCUGUUGUCCUUGUCUCUUGUCUCUGUUUGUUUUUUUUUUGUCCCCCUCUCAUCCCCGCACCCCCCCCUGUUUCCUUUUCUCUUCUUCUCUGUCCCCUCCUGCUCCGGUCCGGUUGCUCCAAAUUUGCUUAAUAACAAGCAUCAAAGUCAAAUUUUGUAUAACAGGGGAAGUGUAUAUCACACUUCUCCCUGGCAGAGUAAAUCUGUUGAGCACUUGACGGCAUUUAGAUCUACAAUUCUAUCUGCUUUAAAGGCUGGACAGGACAGGGGGAGAAAAAAAAACCCAAAAAAACCCAGAGCUGUGCUUUUUUACCUGACAUAAUCAGGGUGUGUUACUUUUGAAGAGAAUGCUAUCUUUGUGUGCGAAGCCAACAAGCAGCUUUUAUGAUUCAUCACUUCAUCACAACCUUUCUCUUGUUUUGACUUUGACUGGCAUUGACCUCUGACCUCAGUCCACUCUUGACUGCUCUUGUGGUUUGAUUACGUCACAACAAAAGUCCCCCCAGCGCACACUGCACCUUUGUCCAUGCAUAAGUUAAUAAUAAAGGUUUUAAUGAUCUACAAGUACCUUUGGACUGGACCGUGAUCCUCCAAGCACAGUUAAAGUUCACCACGGUAGCAGCCUCAUGAUUAGUUAUGCUCGGAGCAGGUGAAGCAUUUGGAGGUGUGCUGGGGGGCUGCUGAGGUGUACCCGAUGCAGGGUCGACGACGGUCCGCUCGGAGGAGACGGAGAGCGGCCUCACCUCCCCCACAGAGACCAAGCGACUGUAUGACCGACAAGAGGUCUCACUCUGUUCUGCAUCCAGGUGAAUCCUCUUCCUGCCUUUUUAGGAGGCAACUCCGUUCCUCCGUCCUCCAUGCCCGCACCUGCAGACGCGGCUCAACCGGAGCACAAUGAGCCCAUGAACGGUCUGCGCAUCUCCGUCGGAGGCCUCCCCAUGCUGGCGACCAUGGGCAAAACCACGGACCCUCGUUUCCGCCUCAAAUGGCGGCCCAUCGUGGCGGCGGCCGUUUCGCUGGCGUUGGUCCUGCUGCUCUUCAUGCACUUGAACUCGGGCCUGCAGGCCCGCGCCUACGGCUCCAACAGCUGGACGGCGGGCCACGGCAACGCCCGGCGGCCCGUCUCCCGUUACAACGACACCUACCCGCUCAGUCUGCCCGAACGCACGCCGCAGGGCACCCGCUACCGCAUCGGGGUCAUCGCCGACCUGGACACCAACUCCCGUCGCGAGAAGACGCUGACGUGGUUCAGCUACAUGCGGCGCGGGUACCUUCUGGUGUCGGAGAGCGGCGACAAGGUGUCCGUGGAAUGGGACGCGGAAAGGACGGUGCUUGAGAGCCACAUGGCCGAGAAGGGGCGGGGCAUGGAGCUGUCUGAGCUGGCGGUGUUCAACGGGAAGCUUUACAGCGUGGAUGACCGCACGGGCAUCGUCUACCACAUCGACGGUGACAGGGUUGUACCCUGGGUCAUCCUUCCUGACGGCGACGGCAACGUAGCCAAAGGGUUCAAAGCCGAGUGGAUGGCGGUGAAGGACGAGCAUCUGUACGUGGGCGGCCUGGGCAAGGAAUGGACCACCACGUCCGGGGAAUUUGUCAACGACAACCCAGAGUGGGUGAAGGUGGUGGGCUUCCGCGGGGACGUGGAACACCAGGACUGGGUCCCGAUUUACAAGUCGCUCAAGUCUGCGGCGGGAAUAGAACCUCCAGGUUACCUCAUUCACGAGUCGGCAGCGUGGAGCGACACGCUGCAGCGCUGGUUCUUCCUCCCCCGCCGAGCCAGCAGGGAGCGCUACGAGGAGACAGCGGACGAGCGUCGGGGUGCCAACCUCGUCCUGAGCUGCUCGUCACACUUCAAAGAUGUGAGCGUGAGCCGGGUGGGCCCACUGGACCCCACUCACGGUUUCUCCUCGUUCAAAUUUGUGCCCAACACGGACGACCAAAUCAUCCUGGCGCUCAAGUCGGAGGAAGAUGCCGGGAAAAUCGCCACGUACAUCAUGGCCUUCACGCUGGACGGCCGCGUCCUCCUACCGGAGACCAAAAUCGGUGACGUCAAGUACGAAGGCUUGGAGUUCAUCUAGAAGCUGCACUGUUGUUGACACUGCUUCCUGUUUGUGAAGGACAGCCUUCAUGAACAGCAAUGUUCCUGCUGGAGAAUGAGCACCAGCACAAGCAAGCGGAGCAAUGAUUGAAUGACCUCCUCUGCAGGACAGCACUGUCUUCUUUUGAUGAUGAAUGUAAAAGACACUGAUGAUGUUUUCCUCCAGCACAUACUGUACAGUCUGUUGUUACGUUUGUCUUUGCUCCACCAUUAAACGCCAUCGUUUCUCC